AAUACGUUACUGUAGGCGUCCACACAUGAGGAAAACAGGCAGAGUAGUUCAGAGUACUGUUGCCUCUUCUCGCCACCAAGGAUCUUGAUGCCAGAGUUGGUAAAUGAUAACAAUUUCGAGGCCCGGCAACAAUUUGGCCACCGCUAUCGCUCUAGGUGGAUCGUAUCGCAAAACCUACACGCACCUUUACAUACCCGUCAGCGGCAAGCGCCAACUCAGAUAUCGUUUUACCGUGAGUGUGAGAAGACGGGCUACUGUACGGGCGGACAUCUCCGCCCCAAGUUCGUUCGGCGUAGUUGUUGUGUGCCUUGUAACGGGGGAGGGGGGUUACAAAGUGACACGGGACGUCAGAACCAAACAUGAGUGCACGGUACAGCACAAUUAGCGGGUUGCUAGGAUUCGUCGAACACAGUGGCAACAGCGCAGCAUCCCAGAUGGAUAUCGAGAUUCUGCCGGAACCGUCCCCACCUGUGAGAACAACACGCAAAAGAGAUAGCCUUCGGAAGAUCAGUGUACGCCAUCUGGUGAGUAAAAUAGAAACCCGUGCAGCGGAAACGUUGGAGCGCAAUUUCGGUGGUCGAUUUUCUGGACGGCUCCGGAAGGAGAAGCGUCUUGCGGAUGAAUCUGGUGCUGCUGGUAGUGCGUCUACUUCGGCCGAAGCUCCCACCACUUCGACGGCACGCUCCUGGUACAUGGUGCACCUAUCGCCGGAUAAACGAUCCAACCUAACGUCCAACGGUACGGCUUCUGCCGUCUCGCUUAGCUCCAGUGUGGCUACGGACGAGGAUGACCACAACGAGCACGUUGGAGGCGGCGGCGACGACAUCCAGCAGGGCGUUAUCGGGCGCGAUAAGAUAAGCGCAGAUAGUGGCGACUUUAGCCAACGAUUGCCGAGCGGGGAGAUAGCGAACGGGAACGAGCGUAGCAUGAAAACUGCACCGGGCACGCCUACCAUCGAUCGGGAAGAUUCUGGCCGGUGGAGCAUCUGUUCUGACUUUGAAAAAGAUUCUCUACCGGACGUGGAGAACGUGUGCGACACGUGGAACGAGUUCAUCUACCUGCGGCUCUCCGAAGAAAAUGUCAAACAUCUAAACUCUUACAGUCCUGAUUUCGAAACAACACCAUUCGACGAGUUCUACCAACCAGCCGAAGCGUCGAACACCAUCAUCUCACUACGCUUCACACCUACCGACCUGCAUCGGAUACUUCACGGUUACGAUUUGACAAACGUGAGCGAAGACGAAGAUGAUGUCCAGUCCCAUUCCUCCCGCACAUCGUACGAUUCCGACGGCGUGUUUGAGGAUGCUCGCAUACAAGCGUUUACCGAACCACGCACCACCCCGUCCGAGGAUUCACUCGACGAGGGCGUCGUGUUCCGAGACAGCCCACUGGAAUCACCGGAACCGCAUCUUCACCCAAGUGAUAUUGACAUCAAAAUCUCGUUCCUCAUCGAAGAGCUGCUCGACACGGAGCGGAACUAUAUCAACACGCUCGAGAAAGGUAUCGCCACCUACAUCGACGGUGUGUUUAACGACCGAACGCCACCGGAGCUGAGCGGGAAGAAGUAUCACCUGUUCGGGAACCUGCAGUACAUCUACCGCUUCCACCGGAACAUCUUCCUGCCGAAGCUGCUGACGGCGGGCAACGAUGUGGAGCACAUUGCCGACGCGUUCGUACACUUUCUCGACAACGAAAGCUUCUACGGGUACAUCCUGUACUCGAUGUAUCACCCGAAGUCGCAGCGGCUGUGCGAGCAGCAUAUCGAGUUUUUCCGCGCGCAUCAGCAGCUGCACGGCGAUAAGCUGGGCGUGAAGAGUUUGAUACUGCAGCCGAUACAGCGGCUGCCCCGGUAUCAGCUGCUGCUGACCAGCCUGUUCAAGCAGCUGGUCAAGAAGCCGGGCGCAAUCAGUCGGAACACCCAGCUGCACAAGGUUUGCGUGGCGGAGAAACGGCUCCAGACGCUGAUAGGGAUCAUGAACGAGUCGGUCACGAUCAACGAUAUACUGCAGUGCGAAAUGGCAGAAGACGACGAGGUGGAGCUGGGUUUCGGUGUUCCCAAGCCGGCCAUUGUGCUUAAGAAUCAGAACCACGACAAUCAAGUGCUGUUCCUGUAUCCUAAGGACAACGAGCAUGUUGAUCGCAAUAAGCCCAUCAACAUUCUUCACCAGGGCAAGUUCCGCAGUGCGUUCCCCGUGUUCAUUCACGAUCUGCGACUCAAGCGACAGUACCAGGGCCGCCUGUUCGUCUUCGAGCGUUGCGUGAUCUAUGCCGAGCAGCUCGAACUUAAGUCACUCAUGUACCGGGGCCACUACACCCAUCAGGAGAUCGAGUUUGACUUUGCCAAUCGACAGAUCUUGAAGCUUUCUUCCCGUCGCCACGAGCGGCUCGACAUUGAGGUGAAGAUUAACAUACAGAACCCGGGCAAAACGCACCUCCCGGACAUAAUGAUGGCCAUCAAAACGAUCAUCGAUCGACGGGAUCAGCGGGAGAGCUUCGCGAUCGAUUGUGGCAGCGAGACGUUGGCGGCAGUGCGGGACACAUUUUCCUGUCGAAAUUCUAGCUUCCGUAGCAGCAUCUCCAGCACGGCCAGCGAUUCCAGCUUCUUCAGUGUGUUCAGUGGUCCGGCGAAUGGUGGAAUUCCUGAGGAGGAUGAAGCCGGUGCCGCCCAGCGCACCGGAAGCGUCCUGUCCGAGUGUGGUUCGAUCGAAACGAUGCUUCACUUUCAGCAAAACUUUGAGCGUGCGCUGGACGAGUGUACGAAUCUGUACAUCCGCACACUGCCCGAGGAUGUUGCUGGCCAGCUGGAGGAGAUGGUGGAGAUACUGGACGAGAUGCUGUCGAUGCAGCGUGCCAUCAAUCAGCGGCUGUUUGAGCAGGAGUACGAACGGCUCAGCUGUGACAGUGAUCUGCAGUACUUUUGCAGUGUGUUUCAGGACUGCUUACGGCGCGGUGAGUUCGAUGUGUUUCUCCGGUACGUGGAGCACACGAAGACGGUCGAAUCGAUGCUGAUGAGUUUCGAGCAGUACCACUCCAACAGUCAGUCGAAGCCGGGUACAGCUGGCUCGGGGACGUCCCUUACGAUCGAUGCCUUUCUCUACCUGCCAAUCAAGUACAUCAACCGGUGCCAUCAGUUUCUGAGCGUUAUCUGGAACCAGCAAGAGGAGGACCGGACAGAUCAUUCCGGGGUUAAGCACGCUGAGCUGCGGUAUGUGCAUGAGCAGAUGGCGCUUAUUCAGCGUCGGGUGAACGAGAACUAUCAAAUACGGCAGCUGAUAAUGGACGUGCAGUUUCUCAACGAGAUCGGGCUGGUUAAACACUCCGAGAUCGUAAAGCUGGAAGGAUCGUACGCACUGUUUCGCUUACUGCUCACGAAAACUGGACUCUUGUGCAUGAAGAUCAACGCUGAACAGCAUAAGGUCGAAACGUACAGCAGUGUCACGUUCUACUGUCCCUACACGAAACUGUCGGCCCGGACGAGCAAGCGCACCGGCACCGUCUGGUACGUCUAUCUGGACAAUCGGAAAACGACGCUCAUCUUUCCGUCGCGCAACCUGCGCUACCUCACGGUCGAACAGUACAACACGCUGUCGGCACAGAUGAAGCAGAAGGAGCGCGAGAAACGAAGAUCAUUUUUCUACGUUACCUGAGCAGGACGCCGUGAGGGUCCAGUUGCUGCAGGACCCGCGACACACGGGACCCGUGAUACUAGAGUGUGCGAGUGGACGGCAAACGCCGCAUGGUGAUGUAACCGAUAGUCAGCAAUAAAUUAUUCCUUCCGACUAAA